AUGGCGUCUUCCUCGGGUACACUCGUUCACUCCCUUGGUCAUAAUACCUUGGGAACAGCUGACAUUGCUAUUCAGUCGAUUUUUCUGGCAUUGUGUUUUAUUGCGGUGGCUUUACGAUUAUGGUCACGACGCUUGCAAUGGGUUUCGUCGCAGGUGAAUGACUGGUUGAUUAUGGGCGCCACGUUCUUCAUGGUCGGUCGCUAUGUGGUGGAAAUCAUGCUGGUCGUGCUGUGCGGGCUGGGCCUACACUCCACUGAAGUAACCCAAGUUGGAGGGACUGAGGUUAUGAUUCAAUUCAUAGAGCUCACAUAUACGGGCGAUCUUCUCUGGAUCACUGUGGUCUUCUUGAUCCAAGUGUCAAUCCUUCACUACUACGUCCGCAGUUUUGGUCAUUGUGGUGGCCGGAAAAUGCUGCACACUGCUAUCAAUGCAAGUGAGAUGAUUUUGAGCUUCUUUAUAUUGGCUCUGCCCGUUCCUUUGACAUGGAGAAUGCCAUUAUCAAGGGCUAGGAAAUUUAGUUUGGUCGGAAUGCAAAUUCUAGGGCUAGUUGCUAUCGUGAUCAUUGCGAUUAGCACGAAACUUGAGUUCGAUCUCGACUCAGAAGACCCGACUUUCAGCUCCGCGAGCAAGUCAUUCCUGCUAUGCAUCGCGCCUCUUUUGGGCAUAAUCGCUGCUUGUCUUCCGAUUCUAUCACCUGCUGUUGAAAUGAUCUUUAGAACCACCAUUCUUUCAUCCCCGUCACACAAUUCUACUUCCGAUCCACAAACCUUUUCGAGGUACUGGAAUCCAACAGCUCUAUCGGGUAUGCGAUUAGAUGAACCCGAGAUGCCUCUUGUCACGGUUCAUCAGCCUUCCAUGACAAAGGUAGGUUAUCUUGCUCCUGGGCAUAUUCAGAUAACAUCAGAUUGGGAGAUACAUUCGUCGCGAGGCUCCGCAAGGCUUGAUAGAUCGCCUGUGCGGCGGUCCUGA